UUCACCGAGAGAGAGAGAGAGAGUUGCAGUAGUCCAAUGACACGCCAUCAGAGGUAUACAUCUGUUGGGUAUAAGCUGUAGAUGCGUGCUCGUUGGUAUGGAAAACUAGAGAGGUAGAGAGGGAAAAAGAUCUUCGUGGCAUAGUCUGUGGCUGUCUACGCACCACCAUGAAAGAGUAAAACCCAUCAGCAGAACGGAUAUUCUUUAUCUAACAGCAAGAGGAAGAGAUAGAGGACGAGAGAAAGAAGGAGAAAUGAGGGGAGGGGAACAGAAAGAAGGAAAGGAGGAGGAAGAAGAAGAAGAAGAAGAAGAAGAAGAAGAAGAAGAAGAGAGGCUCUGUAAACUGGUCGACGACUUUCUUGAAUCAGAAGCAGUCCACAUCUCCUCUCCAAGUGCAGACUCCUGCCAUCCAGAAGAUGAGACAUCCCUGAUUCUCAAGAGGAUCAUUGGCUCCAGUACAAAGGCAGAGAAAGAUGCGUAUGAGAGUGUGAUGAGGCAUUUGAGGUACUGUGGUGGUGAAGGAAGAUACAGUCAGAAGAAAGGUCUGGUUCUGAGGAUGAGGAUGGAGGGCUAUGAUGUUUCCUUGUGCAGAUCAUCAUGGGUUUGUUCCACAGGUUGUCCUGGAGGUGAUUAUGAAUACAUAGACAUUGUGUGGGUGAAUGAGGCACAGCAUCCAGAGAGGUUGAUAGUUGACAUAGACUUUAGGUCCCAAUUCGAGAUUGCAAGGCCAACUACAGCCUACACCCAGCUAUACAACAACCUUCCUUCAGUGUUUGUUGGUACUGAGCAGAAACUUAACAAAGUCAUCUCUCUAGCCUGCUCUGCUGCAAAGAAGUCACUCACUGAGAGUGGCCUCCACAUACCACCAUGGAGAAAGGCCUGCUACCUGCAGUCCAAGUGGUCAUCCUCAUGUCAGAGGCUCACCACAGUGGCCAUCCCCAUCUUCAGCAGAGAAAAUUUUGACAGGACUCCUCCCAAAAUUAGCAGUUGGGUGCCUCCAAAGCUGAUGCCUAGAAAAAGGCAGAUGGGUUUUCAAGAGGCAGGCCUGUCUAAGGAAUUCUCAAGCUUGAGAUGCCCACCAGUUGCUUGAUCACUGUGUAGCUGCUGUUUCUCUCUCUAAAACUCCACCCAACAGUGCAAGUUUUGCCCUAAAGCUUCUGUGGCUACAGUUUUUUAUUCUUUUUUUUCCCUUUGUUUUUUUUCUGUUGGAGGGUCUUUUCUUUUUUCAUCAGCCAAAGUUAUUGUCAACCUUCCUUUGCAUGGAAGGUCAUGUCAAAAUGUUGUAUAGAUGAUGAUAGCCACCUGGUUGAGCAGCUUUCUUUAUCAAUCAAACCAUUAUGGCUACCAUUUAAUUUGA